AUGGCUCAACAUAAUAUUCAAUCAACCCAUAAGCUGCUCUCAGGUCAUGAGAUCCCGGUGCUUGGAUUUGGGGUACCCCCCCCACCCAGCACAGAGAAGGUAGUCCAAGAAGCCCUGAAGGUUGGCUUUCGCCAUGUCGAUUCAGCUAUCAUGUACGGCAACGAGAAGGGCUGCGGCCGCGCUCUCCAGAACUCGGAGCUUGACCGAUCCGAGAUAUUCCUGACAACCAAGAUUCCACCAGGAUCAAUGGGCUACACACCCACCAAGCGAGCCAUAAGAAAGAGUUUACAAGAAGCCGCUACAGACUACUUCGAUCUAAUCCUGAUCCAUGCACCCUACGGCGGCCAAGAAGCCCGUAUAGGCUCGUGGCGCGCAUUAGUUGAAGCUCAACAGGCAGGAUAUGUCCGAUCCAUCGGUGUAUCUAACUACGGUGUCCACCAUCUCGAAGAACUAGAGGACUAUAUCAAGAAUGGGGGUGGUGGCGAGAUAAGCGUCGGACAGUGGGAGUUGCACCCCUGGCUAGAUCACUCGGAUAUUACGGCUUGGUGUCAUAGUCGUGGAAUAGUUGUUGAGGCGUAUUCGCCGCUUGCGCAUGGAGAGCGACUGGAUGAGCCUGUGUUGGCUAGUAUAGGGAAGAAGUAUGGGAAGUCGCCGGCGCAGGUUAUGAUUCGAUGGAGUUUGCAAAUGGGAUUCCUGCCUUUGCCGAAGUCCAAGACUUCAGCGAGAAUCCGGGAGAAUGCGGACGUUUUUGAUUUUGAAUUAUCAGAGGAGGAUAUGGCACAGCUUGACACAGGUGAAUAUGCGCCUACAGACUGGGAUCCCACUGUUGAUGAGGAUUAG